AUGGCUCCGCCCACAACGAAUUCUAAGAGAGUCAAAGGGAUCUCGAUAUCGAGACCAAUACUGUAUGGUAACGUUGCCAGUCCGUUCUCUGAAAAGGUGGAGAAACCUGCCGGAUCUCCUGUAGAUCACACACAUCUAUGGACUGUGUUUGUGCGGGACCCUAACGGAAAGGAUCUGAGCUAUUUCAUCAAAAAAGUGGUAUUCAAGCUACAUGAUACGUAUGAUUCGCCGACACGGUCAAUUGAAUCUCCUCCGUUUGAGGUCACCGAGACAGGCUGGGGAGAGUUUGAGAUUGGAAUCAAGAUCUAUUUUGUGAGUGAAUCCUCGGAGAAAAACUUGUCACUGUUUCACCACCUCAAACUUCACCCAUUCAACCGCGAAGGUGAGCCACCAGCAGUGGUGGAAAGCGUGCUUUAUGAGGAAGUUGUAUUCAACGAGCCCACAGAAAAGAUGUUUGGGAUUUUGACCUCGACUCCUGGAUCGCUUUUGCCGUUUAAAAAUGAUGCGGAACACAAGUUUUCGAAGGAGAUGGAGAUGCAAGAGCUAGACAGGCUCAAACAUGCGCUUUCGGAGGUAAUGAAGCAGGUCAACGAGCAGCGGGAUAGGCUGGUUGAAUUGGAGAAGGAGAAGAAAGAGUUGACGAGUUGA